AUGGUUGUACAGAGAGAGCAUAGUUAUGACUGCUUUCAAGAAAUUUGUUCAUUAGUCGCCUCCUUCACUCCAAAAAUUUCUUCGAUCUUUACGCCGAUCAUUAUCAUUAUCACUGCUUUUCUCUCUGUCUCGUAUGCUACCACGCAGUAUAGGAAGAGAUCUGGGAAGAACAAUCUAGAGACACCACCAAACGGAGUUUCUCUAUUUGACGAAACCCCCAAAGAUCGUUCACCUGGAGUAUGGAAUCCCUCAUCCUUCAGAUGGCCUAAGCCAGCACCAUUCGCGGACUGGUCCAUCGAGACAACCAAGCCCCUUCCGUAUCGCCCCUUCAAAUAUGGACCUAAAUACUUUGUGACCAUGGGAAUCCGCAAUACAAACUAUGAUGAAUGGAUUGAGAUGGACAACGAGUUUCCACGGUUCUAUCGCGAGAAAGCAGUACGCAUCAGUGAGCGCGGGCAAAAGUGCUGCCGUACCUUACCAGAAGCCUUCCCAGCCGCUGUCGAGCUGCUUGAGGAACUUGUCGAAUACUUGCCUUCUCGCUAUCCCAGUCUCUACGAACGUGUAGAUAAGGGCAUCAAGAACCUAUGGUCGGGUGAGGUGAUUGAUAACACUUCGCAACCGCUUCCUGAAGACCCGAUGCAGAGUGUUGGUCGACUUACGCAGGAUGAUAUGGCCAUCCUAAUCGAGAGACCCGAUGGAGAUUACUAUCUGCUGGCUGGGGCUAUUCUUCUUGCUGGUUUCUGGCGUCUCGAGGACAAGUUGGGAAUGCCGCUCUGGGAAAUUCAUACAUCUGCCGGUGUACCACACUACAGAGAAAAGCUUGAAAAGAGUAUGUACAAAUUCUUUAGGCGUCUCAAGGCCGAAGAUUUCGUUACUCGCAACAACUAUACCCUGCAGAUUGACGAUAAUCUCCCGUGGUCGGUAUCAGUUGGUGAUGAAGAUAGUAAUGACCUUGGUUGGCAUCACGCCGAGCAGGAUCCUCCGAUCGGCAAGCAUCAUCUCCGCUCAGAGCGUCAGUCACUGCGGCGCCUACCAAAGAGCGGGGCAAUUGUCUUCGGUAUUCAUACCUACUUUUCUCCAAUCACUGAGCUGGCUAAGGAGGAUUACGUUCCUGGCAGAUUGGCGAGCGCUAUCCGGAGUUGGGACGAAACCAUCAGCUCGUACAAGGGCACAUACACCUACGAGAAAGUCCUACUCAAGUACUUGGACGAAAAGCAUCGGGAGCAGAUUCAGCGAGGUUUGAAAUUGGAAGAAGAAGACCAAAGGAGGCGUUACCCGUGGUGA